AUGCGAGAACUUGGAGUAAUAUUGUUGUUAUUAGCGGGCCUGACCUUGGCCCAUCAACAAUACCAAGUUCCGCCGGCUGAUCAAGAGACCUAUGAGACCCCUCCACCGCCACAACAACAGCAACAAUCAUAUCAGAGCCCUCCACCAGCUCCUAGAGAGCCUUCAUAUCAACGUAAGUUGAAGAUGAUUUUUUUUACAGGGUUGCUAAGGCUAACAUUUCCGUAUUUUAGAACACUCGCAGGGCUAUUACGAAACUCCUCCAGCGCCGUGUCCAAACGGUGGCCGUCGUCAUCCCGGAUCUGGAGAAUGCUGUAAGUGGCGUAUGAUGAUGACAGGAAUGUAUAACUUUCUUCUUUGAUAAAAAAAUAUUUCUAGUGUUGAACGAAUGUGAGACCAACCAGCAUGAUUGCCAUGCCAAGGCCAGAUGUAUCGACACUCCCGCAUCUUACACUUGUGCCUGUCAAUCUGGUUACAUAGAUCAGAAUCCGGAAAGACCCGGUCGUCAGUGUGAACUUCCCUUGAAUAAUUGUGCCUCCGGACGUCACGGAUGUUCUCCAGAUGCCGUUUGUACUGACACUUAUGCGGGUGUUCAGUGUAAAUGCAAAGGAGGAUAUGUGGAUAUCUCUCCGGACCAACAGAGAAAGCCAGGAAGAGUUUGCCGGAAGGAUAUCAACGAGUGUCUGAACCCAUUGUUGAAUGACUGCUCGAGAGAUGCCACUUGCACUGAUACGUUCGAGAGUUACAGUUGUGCUUGCAACGCCGGAUUCAAGGAUGCGAAUCCAGCAAAUCCAGGGAGAGAAUGUGAAGCCAUCCCACGUAUGUUUGCGAUUACUUUGUAACUCCAGUUACUGUUUAUCAAUCCCUCUUAAUGUCGCUACUCUUUCUAUCUCGCUUUUCCGAUUUCUUUUCGAAUAUGUAAUGCGUUGUUCAUGUUUCUAGUCAACGAAUGUCUUAGCCGCAACAGGAAUGACUGUUCCGUUAACGCGAUCUGUGUCGAUUUAUAUGACGGGUUCCGUUGCGAGUGUCGCCCCGACUUCAGGGAUUUCUCGCCUCCGGGCCGAGCCGGUCGAGAUUGUCGCAAACGUAAAUGAUCAGCGUGUCUAUCGAUAAAACCCCUCUCAUUCUGUCGCUAUUGUUCUUUUGUUUCCCUUAUUUAAUUGUUAACAUGAUUUGUCGCUUUCAGAGGACACCCAGGAGUAUCAGACUCCACCUCCUCCCACCUAUCAGACCCCUCCACCACCAGCCUAUCAGACGCCACCAAGUAAAUUACUAUACAUAAUCAUUAAGAUUAGAAAAUGCAAUAUUAAUGACAUUGUUUUAGGUCCGUCUUGUGCCAAAGAAGGAAAGAUCGAAUGUGAUCCUCGGGCCAUCUGCAUUGAUCUUGCCAAUGGUGGAUUUACAUGCAAAUGCCCUCCGGAUCUUAUCGACAAAUCUCCUGAGCCAUCAAAACCCGGAAGAAAAUGCCUUGAGGGUAAAUAUAAUUUUGAUUAUAAAACAAAAAAUCAAAUUGGCUUUAAAAUGCCAUGCGGUUUCAGAACCCGCCGCUUCGAUCGACGAGCCUCCACUAGAAGCCCCCAAGGGACACACGGUCCAGAUUCCCAUCCCAAUUGAAAAGAUCGGCUCCAACAACAUUGUCUGGAGUUCUCAGUAUAAUCCGGGAGCUGAAUUGUUUGAAGAAUUGGUGGACCUUUUCAAAGGAGCUGUCAACGAGACCAUUGGCAAAACCGAGUUUGGCCCAACUCACUUGAGGACCGAUAUUGUCAGCGUCAGCAGUGCCAGGAAGAACAACUCGUAAGUUAUAAAAAUCAUGGAAUUGGCCUCAUUAUGACGUCAUCAAGACUAACUAUUAUGAUGAUAUAAACUUUCAGAGAGUUUGACAACGGCGCCUUGGUUGUUUUCAACGGCACUUUCAGCGAAGAUGUCAAUAGAUGUAAAGUCUUUGACGCCAUCGUUGAGAAGGUCCAAGAAAACAAAAAUCUCCUCGGAUCUUCGGCCCUCAAGGUCUCCGAGAAAGUUCAAUAUGUCAACCCUUGCCCCCACGAUCUCUGCGGUGGAAAGAUCUGCGACACCAAGAAAGGAGAAGUCUGCAUUAACGGAACUACUUGUGGCAUCGAUUUUUGCAGCGAUUUUACUUGUUACCCCCAUUCCAAGCCAGUGAAUCUCGUCGAUCGAUGCGAAUGUUACUGUGAUAAGGGCUACACAGAUCUCCGUCCAUUGGAAACGAACAAACUCCAUCUGGAAGACAAGGAUGUCUGUGUUCUUCAUCCAAAUUGGUGUACCUUGGGGCUUCACAACUGCUCCAAAGUCGCUGAUUGUAUAAUGUUGGAGGAGGACUACACUUGCAAAUGCUGGGAUGGAUAUAACGACACAAAUCCCGAAGUUCCUGGUCGGUUCUGCGCCGCCGCUUACUGUGGAGAAUGCGGAGAACAUGGAGCUUGUGUGACAAACCCAGAAACUCAGAACGUGACUUGUGUUUGUACGGAGGGAUACACUGGAGAUCACUGUGAGAUCGCCCCAUCUACUCUCCCCCUGUGGUUGAUGUUGCUGUUGGCUCUUCUCUUCUUGCUGUUGACCUUGUGGUGAGUAUUUUUAAUUAAUUUAUGAUGUAAACUGCCAACUGUAAAUUAAUAUUCUCCUUGUCGCAGCUGCUGCCUCUACGCUUGUUCCCGUCUCCGUUGGUUCAAACGUCAGCCCGCAUUGUUGGAUCAGACCGGAUCUUCGGCUUCGGAUCUCUGGGCGAUACCUCGUCCCAAGUUGGUCGGAGCCGACAAUGAAUCCAUGGGAUCCGGCUCUUCCGAAUUCACCAUCCGAGAAGAAAUCGAACGGCGUGUGGUGACGGAUGUGACUCGAACCGAGGUCCGGACCGAAGCCACUGAGCAUGAGGAGGAGGAACAUGAGAACUUUACUCACACUCAGGCCGUCCAGGAAGAAAGAAUCAUCAACUGA